AUGGCAGAAACUGAGAAAAGAAUUGAAACCCAUAGAAUACGAUGUCUUUCCAAGCUGAAGAUGUUUCUUCUGGCAAUAACAUGUGCAUUUGUAUCCAAAACACUAUCUGGAUCUUAUAUGAAUUCCAUGCUCACACAAAUAGAGAGACAAUUCAACAUCCCUACAUUUCUAGUCGGAUUUAUUAACGGGAGCUUUGAGAUUGGAAAUCUUUUGUUGAUUAUAUUUGUGAGUUAUUUUGGAACCCAAUUACAUAGACCUAUACUGAUUGGUGUCGGAUGUGUGGUUAUGGGCGUAGGGUGUUUCUUACAAUCUCUACCUCAUUUCCUCAUGGACCGAUAUGAAUAUGAAUCUACAGUUUCAGUUUCAGGCAAUUUGUCCUCAAACAGUUUCUUGUGUAUGGAAAAUGGAACCCAGAUUUUCAGACCAACAGAAGAUCCAUCAGACUGUGUGAAAGAAGUUAAAUCAUUAAUGUGGGUAUAUGUACUAGUAGGAAAUAUCAUACGUGGAAUUGGUGAAACUCCCAUCAUGCCUUUGGGUAUUUCCUACAUAGAAGACUUUGCCAAAUCUGAAAACUCUCCUUUAUAUAUUGGGUUUGUAGAAACAGGAGCUAUCAUUGGUCCUUUGAUUGGACUUUUGUUAGCAUCAUUCUGUGCAAAUGUUUAUGUUGACACUGGAUCCGUGAACACAGAUGAUCUGACCAUAACUCCCACUGAUACUCGUUGGGUUGGUGCAUGGUGGUUUGGCUUUUUGAUUUGUGCAGGAGUGAAUGUGCUCACUGCCAUUCCUUUUUUCUUUUUGCCCAAAAUGCUUCCAAAGGAAGGACUAAAGAAUAAUGCAGACAUCAUUAAAAAUGACAAAAAAGAGAAACAAAAAGAAGAGGUCAAGAAGGAAAAGGAUGGAAUCACUAAAGAUUUUUUACCGUUCAUGAAAAGUCUUUUAUGCAACCCAAUUUACAUGCUUUUCAUACUAAUAAGCAUUGUACAGUUCAAUGCAUUUGUUAAUAUGUUCACCUUCAUGCCUAAAUAUCUGGAACAGCAAUAUGGAAAAUCAGCUUCAGAUGCAAUCUUUCUAAUCGGCAUUUAUAACUUGCCUCCAAUAUGCAUUGGAUAUAUAGCUGGUGGUUUAAUUAUGAAGAAGUUCAAGAUUACUGUCAAACAAGCUGCCCACAUAGGAUGCUGGUUAUCUUUAAUUGAAUAUCUUCUCCAUUUUUUGUGUUUUCUCAUGAUCUGUGAUAAUUCUUCAGUUGCUGGCAUAACUACCACUUAUAAAGGAAUGCAACAAGAUCUAUACGUGGGAAAUACCAUCCUUGCUGAUUGUAACAGGGAUUGCAACUGUCCAACUAAAACAUGGGACCCUGUGUGUGGAAACAAUGGUGUGUCAUAUAUGUCAGCUUGUCUUGCUGGCUGUGAGACAUCUGUUGGAACAGGAAUAAAUAUGGUGUUCCAAAAUUGUAGCUGCAUUCAAACAUCAGGAAAUUCAUCUGCAGUUCUUGGGCUGUGUGACAAAGGACAUGACUGUUCCAUGAUGCUCCAGUACUUUUUAAUCUUGUCAGCAAUUGGCAGUUUCAUUUAUUCUUUAUCUGCCAUACCUGGAUAUAUGGUUCUCCUAAGGUGUAUCAAGCCUGAAGAGAAGUCUCUUGGUGUGGGGUUACAUACAUUUUGCACAAGAGUAUUUGCUGGAAUUCCUGCACCUAUAUAUUUUGGAGCUUUAGCGGAUUCCACAUGUUUACAUUGGGGAAUUUUGAAAUGUGGUGAGUCAGGGGCAUGCAGGAUAUAUGACUCUGCCUACUUCAGAUACAUCUACCUUGGCUUGCCCGCAGCUCUAAGAGGAACAAGCUAUAUUCCAGCCUUUUUAAUCCUAAUUAUUUUAAAGAAGCGUCUUCUACCUGGUGAAAAUGCCUGUUCAGGAACUGUGCUUAUAGAGGCAAAGGUUACAGGGAAGGAAAAUGAAUGCAAAGAUAUGAACCAAAAUUCCAAAGUUUUGAAUGAUGAUGAAUUGAAAACUAAACUGUAAUGCCCCAUUAUAUCAUGCUUCCCAGAGUUGGAGAAUACACUACAGCUUAAUUGUUUUUAAAAUCAAUAGGGAUACAGAGUGUAACUUUUUCUAAUCUUUAUGAACCUCAAAUUUUGGUGUUUGUUGUUGUUGUUGUUUUUAU